AUGUCGCUCCUCACGCUCCCCAACGAGCUGCUCUUCAACAUCGUCCAGACCGUAACCCACCCCCGCGACAUCUACAACUUCCUCCGCACCUGCCGCCACUUCGCCCACCUCCUCCUCCCCAUCCUCCACGAGCUCGCCCGUCAAGACAAGGACGGCCUCACCGCCCUGCAAUGGGCCUGCCUGCGCGGGCAUGAAGGCCUCGUCCGGUUCCUGCUCGCCGAAGGCGUCUCCGCCUCGUCCGGAUCCCCCCCCGCAAUCUUCUCCGCCAUCGCCGGCCGCAAGCCCACCACUAUCGUCCCCCUCCUCAUCUCCCACGGCGCCAACAUCACGGCGCAGGCCCGCGGCCCGCGCUUCAACACAGCCCUCCACGCCGCCGUCGCCGCCGGCCACAAACCAACCGUGCAGCUCCUCCUCGACCGCGCGGAAAUCCCAAUCGAUGCCUGCAACGACGAGGACGAAACACCGCUGUACCAGUGCUGCGCGGCCGACAACCCGUCGUCGGCGAUUGCGCAGCUGCUGCUCACGCGCGGGGCCAACCCGGACCUUGCAGCCCGGGUCUUCGGACACACGCCGCUGCACGCCAUCGCGUUCAACACGGCCGAGACCGCACCCGACGUUGCCGACCGCCUGCUCGCCUUCGGCGCGCACCGGAACGCCAUCAACUCCCGCGGCCAGACGCCGCUGCAUGUGGCUGCUGAACACGGCACAGCGGUGCUCGUGGACACGCUGCUGCGCCACGGCGCCAACGUCGCGGCGAAGGACGAUUAUGGGAAGACGCCGCUGCACAUGGCGGCGGCGCGGGGCACCGACCCGAAGAUCUGUGAGGUGCUGCUGCAGCACGGGGCGGAGCUGACGACGCGUGACUUUACGGGGUACACGCCGAUUGAUAGCGCUGCUGUUGGGGCGGGCGCCGCGGGGGCUGGGUCGCCGGAGGCCGAGUUUGAGGCCACGAUACGCGUGCUGCUGUCACGGGGGGUGAGCCGGUAUGCGUCGCACACGCUGGAUUGGCAGCUGUUGCUGUGGGCGGUCAAGAAUGGGCAUGAGGAUGUGCUGAAGAUGAUACUGGAGCAGGGCGUGGAUGUGAAUGUGAGGGAUACGGACGGGAGGACGCCGCUGCAUUGGGCGGCGCUGUUUGGGAUGAGGGAUAUUGUGAGGGUGCUGUUGGAUAGCGGGGCGGAUGGGAGCGUGGUGGCGGAGGGGAAGACGGCGCUGGCGUUGGCGGCGUCGAGGGGCGAGGAUGCGGUGGUGGAGCUGCUGGUGGAGAGGGGCGGCAGGGGCGUGUUGGGGAGUGGUGAGGCGGAUCGACGGAGGCCGCCGGCGGCGCAUGGUGCGCGGCGGGGCGUGGUGGUGGAUGUCGAUAUGGGUGUGGAUUAG